AUGGAGAUUACGAUUGAUCAUAAGCAUUUUAAAGUCAGAUCUGAAGGUUUGCAUGGUGAACUGGUUCGCAUAAAGGAAUGGAAUCAGUUUGGAUAUUUCUCAUGCUUAGUGAAUAGAAGUUGUUUGAGAUGGUUGAAGGAGAUGUUUUCUGAAGCUUUAUCCUGGAAUCGACGAGAUAUUUUCUUUAGAAAGUUUAGGAGGGAUGGAUAUUGUAUGUGGAUGCAACUGGAAAAUAGCAGGUUUGGGGAGUUUGCCAGGAUUACACAGAUGAUGAAUAAUGGUAGAAGAAAGGGUUUGAUUAUUCCCCAAGGCUCCCAAGGCAUUGGAUGGAAAGGGUUUAGAGGAUUGAUGGAGGAUGUUCUUUCGGGUGGAAGGAAUACAAGGAUACAUGAAAAAGAAAAUCAAAGUCUGAUGGUAGUAUCAAAAUCUAGAGUUAGGGAGCAAGGAAAUGGGGGAUGGGUUGAGAUGCAUAAGGAAAAUACUCCUGCAAAUAAUAAGGGGGAUGCAAAUGCUUAA